AUCUGGCUGACACACAUGGAUCGUGAUCAGAGAAACGGCACCACACCGAAACUUCGGGAGAGUUGCUCAUUGUCGGUGCUCAAUCAGCGAAAUUUAUCUGUUGUAAGGAGUACAAAAAGUUCGGAUAAUCUGCAUCGAGUGACAUCACAUGGUACCCCACCACAGGCCCAUAAAUCAUCCCUCUUCUUCAACCUCAGGUAA